UAUUUGAUUAUUAAUUAAAAUUAUGUUUUAGGCAAACCAAGUAAACAACUCUAGUAAUCCAUCGACGCCUCCUAUCACCAACGACACCUUAUCGCUUUCUAUGAACGCAAUGAAUGCCAUGCGCGCCUCUAUGGACAGCAUUCGAAAUAUGGACGUGAUGAGGUCAUCCGUAAUGGAUAUGUCCUCGUCUCAGCAAUCGCAACAACAACAGGAAGCUCUUAGAAUGCAACACGCUGAAGCGCUAAUUAGGUCACAAGCAGAGACAGCUCUACGACUGGCUAUGAGCCAAGCGCUGCCUCAGCUUAGUCAACACCAACAAGAGAGCAGUCAUAGUCCGCUGCGCCAUAAUGGAAAUUACCAGGGUCAUCAAGGUCAAUCGUCGCAACAACUAAGUCCUGAUCUUACUGAAGCCUUAAGGCUGCAAGAGCAAAGGUUAGAGCAAGCCUUAAGGCUACACGGUAGCGAUCCGAGAACGUUAGGGUUUCCGCUAUCGACCCAACAACAAAAUCAACAACCAUGAAAUUUUAGCUACUACUGAAC